AUGAAAGAGAUAAGUUUAGAUAAUGAGUUAGAACUAUUUUAUGAAUAUAUUACAUCGUUUGAAUAUAUUAUUAGAAAUUUUAGUAACUAUAUAAAAAGGAAAAAAAGAAAUUAUAAAACUAUUAAAAGAAAGGAUAUAAUAAAUGAUGUUGUUAAUAAAUAUUUGAAUAAAAUAAUUCCUAUAAAACUGUUGCUUCAUAUGAAAUGCCCUAAGAAUAGGAGAUUCUAUGAAAAUUUGUUUAUUUGUUGUUAUUAUCAUGUAAUAAUAAAAUAUAUUAUAUAUGACCCUGUGUUUAAUUUACAGAGGAUUAUAGAAUAUUGUUGUGAAAAUAAAAUGAAAAGAAAACAUGUGGAAGAGAAUAAAAUUGAGAAGGAUAAUAAACAGUGUGAUAAGAAUAAAGGAGACAACAAAAUGAAUCACAAUAAUAUAUUAAAUAAUGAUAAUAUAUUAAAUAAUGACAAUAUAUUAAAUAAUGAUAAUAUAUUAAAUAAUGACAAUAUUUUUAAUAGUAAUAUUAAUAAUUGUAAGAAAAAGACAAAGAAACAAGGGAAGAAAAAAACAAGUCCUGAUGAACCCAUUCACGAUAAUUUAAUAGAAGGUUGUGAUGAUAUACCAUUUGAUGAUUAUACAAAUUUUUUUAAUUCAACAAAAAAAGAUAAUAUAAGUUUUUUAUCUAAACAAAAAAAGAUGAAUAUAAUUUAUGAUAUUAUUAAUAUAUGUAAAGAAAAUAAUAUAUUAUAUAAAAUAUUAAAUGAUGAUUAUAUUAUAUUAAAUGAAACAUAUGAAGAAAUAUGUCACGUGACAUAUUCAUUUGGCAUCAUGUGUUAUGUGUUUGGUUUUUAUAAAUUCUUUAAAAUUGAAAAUAUAAAAAUUAUAAAAAAUAAUAAUAUAUGUUCCUAUAAUUUAUUUCAAUGGGUAUACAACAUUAAAUAUACUAUUUGCAAAUAUUAUUCUUAUAUAUCUAAUGAUCUUAAGAAUAUAAAGAUGGUUGAUGAUAAUAUAAAUAUUAUAGAUGAUAAAAAAAGAAAAAGUUAUAUAUGGACAGAUUAUUAUAAUAAUAUAAAUCCUAAUGUAAAUAUUCUUGAUGACAAUGAAGAGUUUUUAAAUUAUAUAAUAUAUGAUUAUAUAUGUAAUCUUAAAAUUAUAUGUAAUAAAUUGUUUAACCUUCAUAAUAAUUCUGUAUAUAUAUUUAAUGAGUAUAUAGAAGAAUCUUUUAAAAAUUACAUGAUCAAAAAAAAUAAAGAAAUGCAAGAAAUCUUUUCUAUUUCAUCCUCGUUUGUAGAUAUAAAAGCAAAACAAAAAAUAAAUAAUAUGGAGACAGUUCAUAUGUGUAAUAUAAAAAAAAAUAUAAUACAAAAAUGUUCAUAUAUAAAUGAAUAUUUAUUUUGUAAUAAUAAUAAGAGGGAAUAUAGUUCUCAGAAUGAACAGUAUCUACAAAUAAUAAAUAAUUCUCGAGAGGGAUAUAUUGCCUUUAAAAAGAAGUAUAAAAAAAAUUUUAUUUUAAAAGAUAAUUUAGAUAUAAGUCUGCACAGCGUAAAAUUAGUUAUUCAAUGUGUUAAUAAUAUUUAUGGUGACGAUGAAAAUGAUGUAUAUGGCACGGAUGACAUAUUUAGAGAUGAUAAGACGUUAGAUGGUGAAAAAAAUUUAAGUGGUGAAAAUAAAUUAGGUGGUGAAAAAAAUUUAGGUGGUGAAAAUAAAUUAGGUGGUGAAAAAAAUUUAGGUGGUGAAAAAAAUUUAUUUGGUGAAAAAAAUUUAUGUGGUGAAAAAAAUUUAUGUGGUGAAAAAAAUUUAUUUGGUGAAAAAAAUUUAUGUGGUGAAAAAAAUUUAAGUGGUGAAAAUAAAUUAGGUGGUAUAAUUUCCUAUGAUCAUAUUAUUUCAAAAGAGAAAAGAAAAAUAAAAUAUGAGAAGAUAAAGAAGCACCUGGAUAAUUUAUAUAACAAAAUGAAAAACAUGAAAAGUUUUAAAGUAUAUAUUUGGAUGUAUUUGUAUGUAAAUUUUGUGUUUGAUUUUUUUUAUGUUAAUAUAAAAAAGAAUUAUCGUAAAAUAAAUAAUUAUUGUUUAUGUUUUGAUGAGUGUAUGCAUGAGAAUAAUAAUGUGGAAAAUAUAUUAGGUGGUAAUAAUAAUAAUAAUAAUAGUAACAAUAAUAAUAAUAAUAAUAGUAAUACCACCAAUAAUAAUAAUAGUAAUACCACCAAUAAUAAUAAUAGUAACAGCACCAAUAAUAAUAAUAGUAACAGCACCAAUAAUAACAACUACGAUAAUAGUAACAGUAACAAUAAUAAUAUUAAGAAGAAAUAUAUCAUUGUAUUCAAUUUAUCAGGGCUUAUCGAUUUUAUCAAUAAAAAAAAUAACCUUGAAAAGAAAAAGAUUUCUGUGAUGCUUAAAAAUUAUAUAGACCAUGUAUUAUUUAAUGAGUGCAAAGAAUUGUUUAUGGAGGAACUAAAUGUAGAUGAGAAGAAAAAUAAAAACGAUAUUGAUGGGGAUGAUUAUCAUAAGAUAAAAUUUUCACAUCCUCUAGAAGAGUGGGAGAAAACAAAUACGAAAAAUAGUAUAGAUGAAAAAUGUAAAAAGAAAAAAAAUAAUUUAUUAGAUGAAUCUAUAAAUAAUUCGGUUAUUAAAAAUAAUAAUAAUAUGAGACAAGAUAGUACUUAUUUAUAUAAUAUAAAAAAUGAUGAAGAAGAGAAUAUUCAUAUAAAUGGAUUAUUAUCAUCAUGUAAACAAUAUGAAAUAGAGAAGUAUUAUAAAGGAAAAAUAAGAAUAAGUAAUUUUGUAAAUGAUUAUAUUUGUAUGUUUAUAUCUUAUUUAAUUUUAAUAGAUAUGAAAUUAUCUUUGUUAUUAUUAGAAAAAUAUAAUUUAAAAAUACCAAAUAAAUAUUUAGAUUUAAGUUGUUAUAUAUAUAUAUGUCAGAUGAAUAAAUAUAAUCCAAAUAUUAUUUUCUUUAUAAGUAAAUUUCAUAUACAUCGUUAUAUAUUAAUAAAUGAUGUGGCCAAUAAAAAUCUUAAGGAAAAUUAUAAGAUAUAUAAAAAUAUUGAAUGUAACAAUAAUGUUAUAAAUAAUACAACAAAUGGAAUAAUUAAUGGUAACAGCGUUAAUAGUGUUAAUAGUAUUAAUAGUGGUAAUAGUAUUAAUAGUAGUAAUACUAUUAAUAGUUGCAACAAUAACCAUAGUGAUAAUAUUAAAAAUAGCGAUAUUAAUUUUAGAUUCUUAGAUGAUAUAAUCACCAUUUAUAAAAAACAAAACAAUGACAUACAUAAUUUUCAUAAUAAUAAUAAAAGUACUCUUCAAAAUAGUUCUUUUUCAAAGGACCAAUUGGUUUAUUCAAAAAAUAAUUUUUUUAAUCUUAAUGAUAAUAUAAAUGAUCUAAGUAAUAUAGAAACAAAUAAUGCUAAUUUAAAAGAUUGCUCUAUUACUUACAAACAAAAUAAUUGUAAAUAUAAUAAUUUUUUGAAGAAUGGUUGUUUUGAUUUAUAUAAUGCAAAUGAAGAAAAUGAAGGGAAUGGAAAUAAUAUAAUUAAUAGAUGCAAUAUAGAUGUAAUAGAAUCUAAUAUGAAGGAUAAGAAAUUAAAUGAAAUAUAUUUUAAAAAAGAUAUGAAUUUAAAGAAUGAAGAUUAUAAAGAUGAUAUAUAUAAAAAUAUGAUUAGAAAUGUAUCCCAUUCUUUAUUAAAUAAAGAGUUGAAUAUUUAUGAUAAUAUAGAUGAAUAUAAUAUAUAUAGAAUAAAUGAAUUUAAUAAUAUUGAUAAAUAUUUUAAUGUAGAUAAUAUUAAGAAUAUAAAUUUCAUAAAUAGUAAUAUAUAUCCUUUAAAAAUAAAUAUAUCUUAUAAUUUAAAUUUGAAUGAGAUGUUUAUGAAUGAUUGUAGAGUUUCUAAUGUUAUAAAUGUUUGUAAAGGGGAUACAACAUUAGAGUUAGAAUUAAUAAAACAAAGAAUUAUAAAUGGCAAUAUAAAAUAUGCUAUAAAAUUAAUUAAGAUAUUUAAUUAUGAAUUAUUACAUUUCCCUAACUUAUUUUUUUAUUUAAAUUAUAAAUCAUAUAAUUAUUUAUUAAGUAGUUUUGAUAAAAAAUAUAUUAUAUAUUAUUUAUAUGACAAUCCAAAAUAUUUAAAAAUAUAUUUUAAUUCUUUAUUAAAAAAAAAGAAUAAAGAAUCUUGUAUCAUGUGUAUCUAUUUCUUAUAUCCCUUAUAUAUGAACUUGGAAGAUUCUGAUUUUAAAACAUUUUAUUAUUUAUUUUAUAAGAAUAAGAAGGGUAAGAAAAUGAGUUAUUCAACAAGUGGUUUAUAUAAUAACACUAGCAAUCUGAACACUGUUGGUAAUUAUAUAAACAGUGCAAAUAAUAUGAAUAAUAUGAAUAAUAUGAAUAAUAUGUAUAAUAAUAUGUAUAGCACAUGUGUUCAUUAUAAUUAUUAUAAUAAUGAUAUAUAUUUUGAAGGAGAAUAUUUCGUAUGCGAUUGUAGGGAUGGCAACAAAAAUAUGUUGACGACCAUAGAGCCCAAUAAUAUGAACAACAACAACAAUAAUAAUAAUAAUAAUAAUUACAGUUUGGUGUGUAUAUCAAGUUGUAGUAAUAUUAUGUGGUUUUUAAAAAAUGAAUGUAAUAUAAUAAAUGAAGAAUAUUUUAUAUUUAGAAAUGAAGAGGAUAUAUAUUUUGAGUCUUUGAAUAGAAUAUAUAAAAUAAGUGAUCUAUGUAAAUAUUUUGAUAUGUUUAAAAUAUUAAAAAAGAUCCAUUCAGAAAUUAUAAAAAGUUCGUUUGAUUAUUUAAUAAAAAUAAAAGGAUCAUGUUGUUGUCAAAAGAAUUAUAUAUGUAUAAACGAUUUAGGAUCUUGUUUUAAUGAUGUUGUUAUUGUAGAUAAAUUUAAAGAUUUUUAUAUCUUAUAUGAAAAAAUAAAAAAGUAUGAAAAGAUACUUUUUAUAGAUGCUGAAUGGAAAUGUGCUGUAUUUAGAGAGAGCCCUAUCAUAUCUAUUUUUCAGAUAGCUUUAAAAGAUAGUAUAUUCUCAUAUAUUAUUGAUGUGAAGAGUAUAUCCCUUGAAAAUUAUUAUGUUCAUUAUUAUAUAUCUGAUUUGUUUAGAGAUGAAAAUAUUAUAAAAAUCGGUGUAGCCUUUUUAAAUAAUGAUAUGUUACAUUUUAGAAAAUACUAUGAUAUUUUAAAUAUGUUAGUAUGUAAAAAAUAUAAAAAUAUAUUAAUUGAUGACAGCGAUAUGGAUAGUGAAGAAAAGCGAAUGAAAAAUAAAAAUAUGAAUAUAAGUGCAUAUAAUGAUAUUAUGCAUAUAUAUAAUAACCACACAAAUAAUAAUAAUAUUAAGAGGAAUGAUAAUGCUGUAUUAUUAAAAAAAAUAAUGAAGAAUAUACAUGAUUACACAAUAAAUUAUAGUGGUGACAAUAUGUCGAGUGGAAAUAAUAUACUUGGAAAUGAUAAUAGGAGUUAUGUAUAUGGAUAUACAAAUAAUACAAAUCAUAUGAACAGCAGCAACAAUAAUAAUAAUAACAACAACAACAACAAUAAUAAUAAUAAUAAUAAUAAUAAUAGUAGUAGUAGUAGUAGUUAUAGUUGUAAUAAUAAUUUGUUUAAUUUAUAUGAUAAGAUAAAAGAAGAAUCACGUAAUAUAAAAGUUAACGAUAAUUUAUAUGAUGAUAUAAGCUAUAAAAAUAUAUUCCCAGUAAAUUAUUUUAUAAAAUAUAAAAAUAAUAAUAAAUUAAUUAAUGAUCUUUUAAAUAUAAAAUGUAAAACAUGUAAUAAAAUAGGUAUAUAUAGUUGUAUACAUAAAUAUUAUAAUUUAGAAUAUAUAUAUAAUAAAUAUUAUGAUCAUUUGAAAUAUUCAUUUCCAUAUCUUAAAAAAAAUAUGAGUUAUUCUGUCAAAUUCUUUGGGAAAAUAUUAUUUCCAGAAAAACAAGUUAAUAAAGAAUGCCAAAUUAUUAAUUGGAAUUUUAGACCUCUUUCAUCAAGUAGUGUUGAAUAUGCAAUAUUAGAUGUUCUCAUUCUAAAAAAUUUUUUUAAUUUAAUUCAAGCAAAAUUACCCAUAAAUAUUGAAUGUGCCUUAUGA